AUGGCUCGCCACGGGGAUACUCGCUCACCAUCACCUGUAGGCAGCACGUAUUCCUCAUCCAGACGGAGUCGCAGAGACGAUGAUCGCUAUGAGAGGAGGCGCGACGAUGGCAGGAGUUACCGCAGAUCGCGCAGUCCCGAGAGACGAUACCGUGAUCGCGAUGCUUACCGGAGACGUGACCGCUCGCUAGACAGACGCGACGAUUACCGCGAUGAAGAUUCAUACCGGCCCAAUCGGAGAGAACGUUCUCGGGAUCGACGACGGUCUCGGGAUCGAGAUGACCACCGUCGAAGAAGCCGCGACAGGGACUAUCGAAGCAGGCGAGAUGAUUCCCGCGACCGGGCUCGAAGGCGGACGGAUGAUUCUGCUGACUUGAAGUACAAGUCUAGACGGGACGAUAGCCGGGAUCGGGCUAAAGAUACCACCUCUAGGUCUCGUGAGACAUCGAAACCGUCAACCCCAGCAGCAACCGCAGCCCCGACGGAAGACGAAAAGAGGGCCGAGAGACUUGCCAAGCUAGAGGCCUGGAAGCAGAAACAAGCCGCCGAAAAGGAACGUAAACAGCGAGAGGCUGCAGCGGCAGGUGGUGCGAGAAGUAUCUUGGAAGAGAUUGAUCGGAAGUCUGGUUUGUCACCGGCUGUCAGUUCUCCCCAGUCUCCUGCAACACCAGGCGUUGAUGCUACUCCCGGUACAUAUGCUGGGAAGUUUGAUCCAAAGGCGAUUGCAAAGAGUGCGUCUUCUACACCAGCGACGCCGUCGGUGCUGGGCAAUGAUGUUCCCGUGCCGUCCGUCAAACCAGCUGUCGUAUCUACCCAGGUUAAACUGAAUAAAUCUACUCCUAGCACGUCGUCAGCUACCUUGAAAGCGAAAGGCAAUGUGGGCGGUUUUGGCCUGGGAGCCAAGCAGGCUGCAGAUACUGAAAAGUCAACCGCUACAAAAACUCUGGGAUUUGGGGAGGAAGAGUCCACGCGGAGGAAACUCGAGAAACUGCCUACACCACCAUUGGAAGACUCGAAAGAGACCAAUGAAUCUGCGGGGGUCGUUGAAGAUGAGGAAGAUGAUGCCGACAUGCACGAUGGAGGGACCGAGGAAGAGAAUGCUGCUGCUGCACGUGCGAGACGGGAGGAGCGCUUGCAGAGCGAAGCUCUCAAGGCUCAGUCCAAUGGUGUGGAACAUGCCAAUGAUGAUACCGUGAUGGAGGAUGCCCCAGUUCCAGAAGCGGACCAGAUGGAGGUUGAUGCCCCGGAAGAAGAGGAGGAAGUCGAUCCUUUGGAUGCGUUCAUGUCCGAGCUGGCCGAGUCGGCACCUCCGAAGAAGAAGGUUGGCGCCACUUUCUCGCGGGCCAAGCAGCAGCAGCCGGAGGCGUUGUUUGGUGAUGAGCACGAUAUUGCUAUGACCGCCGUCGGCGAUGGAGAUGCUGAUGAUUUCCUUGCCAUUGCCAACAAGGCCAAGAAGAAGAAGGAUAUCCCGGCUGUGAACCAUCAGAAGGUCGAAUAUGAACCCUUCCGGAAGAAGUUCUACACCGAACCCUCGGAUUUGGCGCAAAUGUCGGAUGAGGAGGCGGCAGGUCUGCGCCUGGAACUGGACGGUAUUAAAGUCCGUGGCGUUGACGUUCCCAAGCCCGUACAGAAAUGGUCUCAAUGCGGGUUGGGAGUACAGACUCUGGACGUGAUCGAUAAACUGGGCUAUGAGCGGACUACAUCGAUUCAAGCUCAGGCGAUUCCUGCCAUCAUGUCCGGGCGUGAUGUGAUCGGUGUGGCCAAGACUGGGUCUGGUAAGACUAUUGCCUUCCUCAUCCCUAUGUUCCGGCACAUUAAGGAUCAGCGGCCGCUGGACAACAUGGAAGGGCCCGUUGGCCUGAUCAUGACGCCUACUCGUGAAUUGGCGACGCAGAUCCACAAGGACUGUAAGCCAUUCCUUAAGGCGUUGAACCUUCGGGCCGUUUGUGCGUAUGGUGGUGCCCCGAUCAAGGACCAGAUUGCGGAUCUGAAGCGUGGUGCUGAGAUCAUUGUGUGCACGCCGGGCCGAAUGAUCGACCUCCUCGCCGCCAACGCCGGUCGAGUCACCAACCUCCGCCGGGUCACUUACGUGGUCCUCGACGAGGCUGAUCGUAUGUUCGACAUGGGCUUCGAGCCGCAGGUGAUGAAGAUCAUGGGCAACAUCCGGCCCGACCGGCAGACGGUGCUGUUCUCGGCUACUUUUCCUCGGAAUAUGGAAGCGCUGGCCCGCAAGACCCUGACGAAACCGAUCGAAAUUGUGGUUGGUGGCAAGAGUGUCGUGGCUCCUGAGAUCACGCAGAUUGUUGAAGUGCGCAACGAUGAUCAGAAGUUUGUGCGGUUGCUCGAACUCCUGGGUAACCUGUAUUCGAGUGACGAGAAUGAGGAUGCGCGGUCGCUUAUUUUCGUGGAUCGUCAGGAAGCUGCCGAUACCCUCCUGCGUGAGCUCAUGCGCAAGGGCUAUCCUUGCAUGUCCAUCCACGGAGGUAAGGAUCAGAUCGACCGCGACUCGACUAUUGAGGAUUUCAAAGCCGGUAUCUUCCCGGUUCUGAUCGCCACGUCUGUGGCUGCUCGUGGUCUCGACGUCAAGCAGCUGAAGCUCGUGGUGAACUACGAUGCACCCAACCAUCUGGAGGACUACGUUCACCGUGCCGGGCGCACUGGACGUGCCGGUAAUACCGGAACAGCGGUCACUUUCCUCACAGAGGAUCAGGAGCGGUACUCAGUCGACAUCGCCAAGGCAUUGAAGCAGAGUGGACAGAAGGUGCCGGAGCCGGUGCAGAAGCUGGUCGAUGCGUUCUUGGAGAAGGUCAAGGCCGGCAAGGAGAAGGCCAGUGCUUCCGGAUUCGGUGGCAAGGGUCUGGAGCGUCUGGACCAGGAACGUGAUGCCGCUCGGAUGCGUGAACGACGAACGUAUAAGACUGGAGAAGAGGGUGAUGAUGACGAGGAGAAGGAAGAGAAGAACGAGCAGGCAGAGGAACGGUUCAACAAGGCCAUUUCGUCUGUGCAAUCCGCCGCCGCACCAGCAUCUACCUCGCUGCCUGGUGUCCCGAAGGGCAUUGAUCUUGAUGGUAAGAUCACGGUGCACAAGACCGAGAAGGAUCCGAACAGCACGUCCAAGAACCCUCUGGACAAGGUGGGCUCGGCGGUGGCGGAUAUCCACGCGCGCUUGAGUCGGGCGGGUGUGAUGAGAUCUGGCGUGCCUAUCGACAAUCGCGGGCCGGACGCGGGAGCUUUCCAUGCUACGCUGGAGAUCAACGACUUUCCCCAAAAAGCUCGGUGGGCCGUCACCAACCGCACCAACGUGGCCAAGAUCCUGGAAGCGACGGGCACCUCCAUCACCACGAAGGGCAGCUUCUAUGCUACAGGCAAAGAGCCUGGACCGGGCGAGAACCCGAAAUUAUAUAUUCUUGUUGAGGGUGAGACGGAGCUGGCGGUGACGAAUGCGAUGCGCGAGCUGAUGCGACUGCUGAAGGAGGGCACCAUCGCGGCCGCCGACAGCGACGCGCGGGCACCGGUGGGAGGACGAUACAAUGUGGUUUAG